GUUAAACACAGACUGUCUUUUAUUUAUUUUCAAAGAAUUGAAAGAUAAAAAAUCAUUACAUUCAUGUCUUUUAGUUAAUAAGGAAUGGUGUAAAGUAGUAGUUCCUAUCUUAUGGAAAACAUAUUCAUGGUAUAAUAUAGAAAAAUCAAUUUUUUUCAUGAAAACGGUAAAUACAAUACUUUCUUGUUUACCAACUUCAUCAAAACAACUUUUAUUCGAUAAUAAUAUUAAAUUACCCACAACAAUUCUUUCAAAACCUCCAUUAUUUAAUUAUAUUAGUUUUUGUGAGUUUCCAAAUUUUGAAGUUGUGAAUAAAAUUACAGGUGUUGCGUUACGUUACCCCAAUGAUGAUAGAAUAAAUUGUUUUGAACGAGAAAUUUACAAAUUAUUUGUUAGUCAAAUUAUGAAUGUUAAAGUAUUAAUAUGGCAAACUUCACAACCUUUAACAUCAUUUCCAGGAGCAUCAACAUGUUUUUCUCAAUUGAAUAGUUUAACUAUUAAUCUUAAUUAUGUCAAUUCCAAAUCUCUUUAUGAGAUGGCACAAAUUUGUAAAGAUUUAGAGUUUUUAGAAGUUCGUUAUUGUUCUUAUGAUCUUCCCGGAUUAAUCUCUUUAAUUGAUGCUCAAAAGAACUUAAAAAAAGUACAACUUUAUACUAGGAAAGGAAACUGCGAAGAAUUAAGCAAAGUUUUAGCAAGAAAGGGCAAUACGAUAAAUAUUCUUUACUUGAAUUUAAUUAGCACAAUUCCACCUUCAUUCCUAGUAUCACUCAUUAAUCUAACACAAUUAUCGAUUUAUAAUGAUGAAAAUCAUAAAUUUAUUAAUCCAAAAGUAAAUGUAUUCCAACAACAUCUUGCAAUUUCAGAAUUUCCGAAACUUCAAUCUCUUAGUGUUAUGGGGUUAUCAUGUUUUAAAGAGCUAGCAAUGUUAAUUGAUAAAACGAAGGGAGAUAUUACACGUAUUCAUAUUGAUACUACCAAUAGAAUUGCUCAAAAUACAGGAAUGUUAAUUAAAGCAAUUGCUAAAAAUUGUCCUAAAAUUGAAAAGUUAAACACAUAUCUUGAACCUAAAGAUUUUAUUCACGUAAAAUCAUUAUUAACAAAAUGUAGACAAUUAGAAGAGAUAACAUUUGAUAGUUUGAACAUCUUUGUUAAUGAUAUAGGGGAUGAAUUAUUUGAUAUAUUUACCAAAUGUUCGCCAAUGACUUUAAUUGAUAUAUCCAUUAGUAGUUCUUGGAAAUGUUCGAUUGAAGCAUUUGAUCUUUUUUUUGAUAGUUGUAAAGAACGAACCUUGCUUAAUUUUAAUAUCAUUUAUAAUUCUAAAGAUUAUAUUACAGAAAAACAUAGAGAUAUCGUUAGAAGAUACAUUAAUGAAGGAGUGAUAAGAUAUUCAAACUGUAACUAAUAUGGAUUGAUUGAUGUUGAAUAGAGAUUAUAUAAACAUUAACGUUAAUAGUCAAUAUGUAUUUGUUAUUUUUUAUACGUUUUUUUUUAUAUAUACGUGUUUUACUCAAAUAUUAUAUAAAUAUUUUGAAAUUUUAUUUUUGCCUUUUUA